UUUCUUUCACCUUUUUUCAUCGCUCACUUGCAGUUUCUUCUCGUGUCUUCACCGCACGCCCACGGCAAGGGAGGCGAUAGAGGCGACAAGCUCCCGCUGGAUCGGCAAUGGCGUCGCAGAAGGAGCGCGAUGACUUCGUCUACGUUGCCAAGCUCGCCGAACAAGCCGAGCGCUACGAUGAGAUGGUGGAUGGUAUGAAGAAAGUCGCGAAUCUAGACGUGGAGCUCACCGUGGAGGAGAGGAACCUGCUCUCGGUGGGCUACAAGAAUGUGGUCGGCGCGAGGAGGGCUUCGUGGAGGAUCCUCUCCUCCAUCGAACAGAAGGAAGAGGCGAGGGGGAACGAGAACCAUGUGAAGAUCAUCAAGGAGUACCGGCAUAAGGUGGAGACGGAGCUUUCAAGUAUUUGCACCGAUGUCGUUGCGCUGAUCGAUGAGCACCUCAUCCCCUUUGCUUCGGCCGGCGAAGCAAAUGUCUUCUACUACAAGAUGAAGGCAGAUUACUACCGUUACCUGGCAGAGUUCAAAGUUGGAGACGACAAAAAAGAAGUAACUGAACAGUCUCUCAAAGCGUAUGAGGCUGCUACAAAAGCUGCUGAGACAGACCUUCCUCCUACUCAUCCGAUUCGAUUGGGAUUGGCAUUGAAUUUCUCUGUUUUCUAUUAUGAGAUCAUGAGCUCACCUGAACGGGCUUGCCACAUUGCAAAACUAGCUUUUGAUGAAGCUAUUUCUGAGCUGGACACACUGAGUGAAGAAUCAUACAAAGAUAGCACAUUGAUCUUGCAACUAUUGAGGGAUAAUCUUACCUUGUGGACCUCUGACAUCCCUGAAGAUGGAGCAACUGAAGACAGUAUAAAGGAGAACCAUGGUAAGCCUGGUGCAGCUGAAGACGCAGAGGUGGGUUUCUAUUAAAUGCGUUCCAUUUAUGUACUCUUCUAAUUCACUCCAUAUGUUCUUUCGAGUAACGAUACUUCCUACACGAAACAAAAAGGAGUUCCUUAUUUAGUUUCAAAAAAAGUGAUUAAACAUCAAACCUAAUAUUUUCUCGAGUUUGAGUGUCUAUUGAUGGACGCUUAAGUAAUGUUUUUUGGAAAAAAAUUUCCAGUGAAGAUCUGAUGGACUGGAGCGCCCCAGGAGAAGAACUAUCCGUGGGUUAUCCUUGUCAUUUUGAUGCCA